AUGUACUCUAGCACCGGGGCCCAGCAAAGAGGCGGGCCGCGCUUUCCCCACGCCCCCUUCGUUCACGUGUCCUGCCUCUGCCGUGCCCACGUGAAGGAGGCCCGGGCGGCGGCGAUGGCGUCCGGAGCGGCAGCCGGGCCCGGGGCGGGGUUGGCCUUUGAGCUCAGCAUCCCUUUCCCGUCGUCGCCGCUAGCCCGGAUCGCGCUGGGUUCUCUGGCCCCGGAUCCUGAGCCCCGCAAAGGAGGAAUCAGCAAGGAACUGGAUGUGACCGAGAACGUUUUGCAUGUGCGCUGGAAAGCGGAAGAGGCCCGCAUACUGCGCGUGUCCAUCAGUUCUUUCCUGGAGCAUCUCUCCUUGGUGGUGGAGACGAUGGACCUCUUUCGCCCCCCUGUGGCGUAAGAAGUCGGUGCACCCAGGCGCCGGGAAGAGAUGGAAUUCCAAAUGGCCUUGGUUGGACACAGAACUACUCCGGGGGUUCUGGGCGUCGAAGAAAGCACAAGACAGUCUAUCCUUGAAGCCCGGUUGAUAGGAGCCGGCGUGUCCUCUGAUGCGCAAGAAUAUCAGUGCACCUUGGGAGCUGGCCAACCUAGGACUGACUUAGCAUAAGAUAAGUACAAUCUGGAGUCGUCAAUGCGUUAUCCGGCACCCUUUCUUGUCUGCCACAUUUCUAUGGUGAAAGGGGAUGUGGCUCAAGUGUUUAAGCCAACUGAUGGUUUUGCUCAAUGAGUUAAAUGUA